GCCGCCUGUCAAACUACAAACAUCCAUCACUUGGUGCUGGUGAAUCCGAAACAGGAAAAAUUAACUCGAUUUGUACAUUUAUUUUAUUAGCCAUUGUAACUAAAUUAACGCAUAAUGAAGAAACAUCAAACUCGGCAAAAGACGAUGAACGACCCCGUGAUUGUGUCGCGUGUGAAAAAUUACCUUGCUGAAAAUGUAGACAAGACUUUUGUCGAUGUUAGUCAAAUGGCGCGUUCUCUCAAAGAGCGCUACCGCGAAUAUAGUAAUAGAAGUGAUACCGCUUUCUGCCAGUUAGUAGAAAGUGCUUACAAAGUGGUAUUACAAAGCUACGGACUUGACGGAGCGUCUACAUCGGAAGGUUCCGAGGAAGAAUCCGACCUAGAGCUGUUGGAUGAAAACAACAGCGUAUUGAAUGAUCGUUUGCUAACUAUGUAUAAAAUGCAGGAUAAAAAACGUCCAGCAGCCACUCGUCGGGCGACAGACAAGUCCGGUGAACCGAUAGACAUACUUAGCAGUGACGAAGACGGCUCCGCGGCACCAAAACUACCAAAAAUUAACGAUCAGAUAACCAUAACCCCUCACAUACCAAUAAGAAAUGCAAACAGCACUUCAGUGGACCCUUCCAGAUCACAUCAAAAUAUGCAUACCGGUGAUAGAAAGCGAAAAGUGGAUGUAAACAAAAUUGCACCGAUCAAAAAGAAGUAUGAUGUUGCUACAAAGAAUGUUAAGGUUAGUUUCGAAGACAUUGGUGGUAUAUCGGAAGUAAUUACACAGAUUUGUGAUCUUGUGCUGCAUAUGAAACACCCUGAAGUUUAUAACCAGUUAGGUAUAAAGGCACCUAGAGGGGCUUUGUUACAUGGUCCGCCAGGCACUGGUAAAACAUUGUUGGCUCAUGCAAUUGCUGGUAAGUUACAAUUGCCACUCAUAGCUGUGACUGGGACAGAAUUGGUUGGGGGAGUAUCUGGAGAAUCAGAGGAGCGCAUUAGGGAGCUAUUUGAGAAGGCAGUGUCCAUUGCCCCCUGUGUGUUGUUCAUUGAUGAGAUUGAUGCAGUAUGUGGCAAUAGAGUAAAUGCUCAGAAAGACAUGGAAAAAAGAAUGGUGGCUCAGUUAUUGGCUAGUUUAGACAAUUUGGGAGAAAGUAAUUCCUCUGUACUCAUUCUUGCUGCUACAAACAAUCCUGAUGCCUUAGAUCCUGCCUUGAGAAGAGCAGGACGUCUCGAACAAGAGAUUACAUUAGGAAUUCCAUCAUUGAAGGCAAGAAAAGAGAUCCUCACAAUUUUGUGCAAGAGCAUAGCUUUAAGUGAUGAUAUUGAUUUGAAUACCAUUGCACAAAUAACACCAGGUUUUGUUGGAGCUGAUUUACAAGCAUUGGUGAAUAAAGCAAGCACUUAUGCAGUAAAACGGAUCUUUGCCGAAAUCAAGGCUACCAGCUUAAAAAACGAAUUGGCAGAAAAACAAAAAAAUAAUGAUGAGGUCUCUGUUAUACCAAAUGGUGAAAAGGAGAAGGAAGAAGCACCAAAAGACGCUGCAGAGUCUGAUGGAACUGCCCCAGAAGAAAAUGUUGUAGAAGAAGCUAAACCUGAAUCUCAAGCUCCAGCAAUAAAUACUGAAAUCCCACCUGUGGAGGGUAACCAUAUAGACAAUAGUACAAGUAAUGCAGAGACUGCGGACCCAGUUAAUGAUGUGGUCAGUCUUCUGGAAGAUUCUAUGCCAUACAGUUCAGAAGAACUUGAAGGUCUUGCCAUUAGACAGGAAGAUUUUUUGAAAGCUCUUAAAACAACCAAACCAUGUGCUGUCAGAGAAGGUAUUGUCACUGUCCCAGAUGUGACAUGGGAUGAUGUUGGUUCUUUGAAUCAAGUCCGGAAAGAUUUACAACUCGCAGUUUUAGCACCAGUAAAGUAUCCUGAACAGUUAAAGAAGCUGGGAUUGGCUGCCCCCAGUGGGGUUUUGCUUUGUGGACCUCCUGGUUGUGGUAAAACAUUAUUAGCCAAAGCUGUAGCGAAUGAGGCAGGUGUAAAUUUUAUCUCUGUAAAAGGGCCCGAGUUGCUCAAUAUGUAUGUUGGUGAGAGUGAAAGAGCGGUAAGAACUUGUUUUAGACGCGCACGGAAUUCUGCACCUUGUGUUAUAUUCUUUGAUGAAUUUGAUGCUCUUUGUCCAAGACGUACUUCACAAGACCAUAACGGAGCUGCAAGGGUAGUCAACCAGCUGUUGACAGAAAUGGAUGGUAUAGAGAGCAGAGAAGGAGUUUUUGUGUUGGCUGCUUCUAACAGACCAGAUAUCAUUGACCCAGCAGUGCUAAGACCGGGCCGUUUAGAUCGCGUCAUGUACGUGGGCAUGCCAGCAAGGGAGGAUAGACUUGAUAUAAUCCAAAAAUUGACUAAAGGUGGUACUCAGCCACAGUUAGGUCCUGACGUGGAUUUGCAAGUGAUUGCCGGCCUCACAGAUGGUUAUACAGGUGCAGACUUGGCAGGAUUAGUCAAGGCUGCAGCUACAAAUGCUUUAACUCUGCACAUAGAAAAUGGUACUAUGGAUGAAGAUAUAUUUGUUUCAUUUGAAGAUUUUAGAGCAGCUCUUGCCAAAUGCAAGCCUUCCGUGUCCACUAAGGAGCAACUGCAUUAUGAGAAAUUAAGAAUUAAAUAUGCUUCUGGGGCUGAUGAUAAAGAUAUGGAGAUGGAGACUGAACCGACUAAUGAGGAAUCUAUGGAUACUGUGUGAGAAUCAUUUCAACAUUGGAUUUUACAAGAGGAUUGAUUUUAACUUAAUCACCUUUAAUUUUUGAUACAAACCAAUAGUGCCAAGAUGUUCCCGCUGAAUUGUAAAGCCCUUGUAUGCAUGAGGCUUGUAUGAAACCAGUAGUAAUUAUUGAUAUAUAUGUAUGUUAAUUUACGCGUGAUAGAACUGUUAAGUCAUUUACAAUAUUGCACAUUUGAAAUUCAAUGAUAAAUAAAAUAUUUUUUAAGAUA